CGGGCGCGGCCGCAGAGGCACCGGCGGGGGCACGGGAGGCAGCGCGGCACCGGCUGUGCUGCGGCUUCACUCACCCACCGCUCCCUUCCCAGCCUCUCCCCGCCCAGGGGCGGGGGUCCCCAGCCAGGCGGACCACGCUUCCUGCUGCGAGGGCAUAGCGGGGCAUCGCAGAACGAAGCCCUCGCCAUGAGCGACAGCCCGAUCCCAGCCCCGGCUCCGGCCGCCAAGCCCAAGCGGGCCCGGUCAGCGCGGCGUCCAGCAGCCCACCCCACGUACACGGACAUGAUCACGGCAGCCAUCCGGGCCGACAAGAGCCGUGGCGGCUCAUCCCGACAGUCCAUCCAGAAGUACGUGAAGAGCCACUACAAGGUGGGCCAGAACGCCGACGUCCAGAUCAGGCUCGCCAUUAAGCGCCUGCUCACCACCGGAGUCCUCAAGCAGGCCAAAGGGGUCGGUGCCUCCGGCUCUUUCCGCCUGGCCAAGGCCAGCAAGGUGAAGAAGUCCCCGGCCAAGAAGAGGAAGAAGGCCGCCAGGAGAUCCACUUCACCCCGGAAAAGAGCUAGGUCCAGGAAAGCCAAGUCACCAGCAAAGAAGCCCAAAUCUGCCACCAGGAAAGCCAGGAAGAAGUCGAGGUCCAGCCCGAAGAAAGCCAAGAAGCCAAAGACUGUUAAGGCCAAGUCGCUGAAGGUGUCCAAACCCAAGAAGGCAAAGCGGUCGAAACCCAGAGCCAAGUCCAGCGCCCGGAAGUCACCCAAGAAGAAGUGAAGAAGUCUAGAGGCGUUUCGGUACUCUCCCUGUUGGUUCUGUAAAUAGCUGUUGCCUUUAUUUUUACCCCUUUCUAUUGCAUUUUAUAAAGAAUUGAUCUAUUGCUGAAUGGAAAUCACUAAAAUAAGGCAGUUAAUGAAUGAAAAAAAGGAACAUCUUUAGUAUGGAGAGUUCCCAUUUUUAAGAGUUA